UCCCGAGCGAUCGCCACCGGCGACACGGACGCGGGUGCACGGACGGGGGCGAGGGCGACGCCGAUGGCCGAGGAAGGCGCCGUCACCGUCUGUGUCCGGGUUCGGCCCCUCAUAAGCAGAGAGAAAUCUCUUGGAGAUGCUUCCCAGCUCUUCUGGAAGACGGACAAUCGGGUCAUCUCACAAACUGAUGGGACGAAAUCCUUUAGUUUUGAUCGUGUGUUCCAUUCAAAUGAAAGUACACCUACCGUUUAUGAAGAAAUAGCAGUGCCUAUUAUAGGCUCUGCCCUCCAGGGCUACAAUGGAACCAUAUUUGCAUAUGGACAAACUGCCUCAGGAAAGACCUAUACAAUGAUGGGCUCAGAGGACUCCUUGGGGAUCAUACCUAAAGCAAUUGAUGAUAUUUUCGAAAAGAUUAAGGAGAUUCCUGAUCGAGAAUUUCUUUUACGGGUUUCUUAUAUGGAAAUUUACAAUGAGACUGUAACAGAUCUUCUCUGUGACACCAGGAAAAUGAAACCACUAGAAAUCCGGGAAGACUUUAAUAGAAAUGUGUACGUUGCCGACCUGACAGAAGAGGUGGUUGUAACUGCAGAACUUGCUUUACGAUGGAUCUUAAAAGGAGAAAAAAACAGACAUUAUGGAAAAACAAAAAUGAAUCAGCGAAGCAGUCGUUCUCAUACCAUUUUCCGAAUGAUUGUGGAAAGUAGGGAAAAAAGAGACUCAUCUAACUGUGAUGGAGCGGUCAUGGUAUCCCAUUUGAACCUGGUGGAUCUUGCUGGCAGUGAACGAGCUAGCCAAACUGGAGCUGAAGGUAUUCGACUAAAAGAAGGAUGCAAUAUAAACCGAAGCUUAUUUAUUUUGGGUCAAGUGAUCAAGAAACUUAGUGAUGGUCAAGCUGGAGGUUUCAUAAAUUAUCGGGACAGCAAGUUGACACGGAUUCUGCAGAAUUCCCUAGGAGGAAAUGCUAAAACAGCGAUCAUCUGCACUAUUACACCGAUGUCUUUUGAUGAAACACUUAGCACUCUCCAGUUUGCCAGUACUGCUAAGUACAUGAAGAAUGCCCCUCAUGUCAAUGAGGUAUUAGAUGAUGAAGCCCUCUUGAAGAGAUAUCGCAAAGAAAUAAUGGAUCUGAAGAAGCGGCUGGAAGAGGUCUCUUCAGAGACUCGUGCCCAUGCAAUGGAAAAAGACCAGUUAGCCCAGCUGUUGGAAGAAAAAGAUUUGCUUCAAAAAGUGCAGAAAGACAAGAUUGACAAUUUAACAGAGAUGCUGGUGACCUCCUCUUCACAUACAUUCCAGCAAGAUCUUAAAGCCAAAAGAAAACGAAGAGUUACUUGGUGUCCUGGCAAAUUGAAGAAAGAAAAGGAAUUAAACUGUGUGGAAAACUUUAGAAGACCAGUGUCCUAUAUAUCCAGGAGAUCCAAAGUUUCUGAAAUUGAUGAGUUAGCUUCUACUGAAGAUUCAGAGUUUGAACCUUUGAGCCUUGACAUGAUAUCGGAAUCAGAAUGGAAUCCGGCAACCAAGCUAAGUCAGAUCCAGGAACAGGAUUUGUCAGAUUCAGUGCAACUCUGUGAAACACUAAUAUCAGAAAAGGAGAACAUUGAAAGUGAGUUGAAUUCACUGCGAACUAACUUUGACAACUUGGUAUUAGACUACGAACAACUGAAAAGAGAAAACACCGAAAUGCAGAUGAAUUUAAAAGAAAAAAGAGAUUUAGAUGAAUUUGAAGCCCUGGAAAGGCAAACUGAACAAGCUCAGGAGAUGGAAUGUAAAUCAAAAUUAGACUUGCUUCAAGAAAAGGAAAACCAGAUCAAGGAACUACAAAGCCAUAUAGAGGAGUUACAGAAACAAAGCACAGGAAAAGUAGAGGUCUCCUUUUCAAUGGCAAACACUGAAAAAUUAUCUGAAGACCUCGAGAAGAUGAAGCAGUCUCUCCAUGAUACUGAAAUCAUAGCCCUCGAUGCAAAGAAAGAAUCAGCCUUCCUUAGAAGUGAAAAUCUCGAGUUGAAAGAGAAAAUGAAAGAACUCUCAAAUACUUAUGAACAAAUGGAAAAGGACCUUCAGCUACAUCAAAGUCAGUUGGCAGCAGAAAAAGUCAGCUACAAGAAAAUGCAAGCUGAUUUACAGAAAGAGUUACAGUAUGCUUUUACUGAAAAUACCAAACUGACUUCUCUCAUGGAUGGCAAAGUUCCUAAAGAUUUGCUGUCUUCGGUGGAAUUGGAAAGAAAACUAAUUGGUCUUAGAAGUGAACUGGACAAAGUAGUUGAAGAAAACACAGCUUUACAAAAAGAAGUUAAUAUCUUAUCAGAGUUCAAGUCAUCAAAUGAAGUAGAACUACUGAGGAAGGAGCUAUCCGACAAGAUCCAGGAGCUUCAACAAAAGACAGUUGAGCAAGAACAACUUGACAGCCUGAAGGAAGAGCUCUCUGUGGCUCGUGAAAAGUUAAAUGACUUGGAGCUGUUGAGGACCCAGUUAAAAGCCAGAGAUUCGGCACUGGAGGGCCUCGAAAUGGAGAAGCUAACAAUUACUCAGCAACUUCAAGAUAAUUUGGAAGAAAUAAGAACAGUCACCCGAGAAAAAGUCGACCUCACACAACUGCUGGAAGCUCUGCAGAUGGAGAGAGACCAACUCAAAGAGGAUAUUCAAGAUACUGUGAAGAUGAACAUAGAUACACAGGAAGAACUGAGAAAUGCAUUUGAGUCCUUAAAACAGCACCAGGAAGUGAUUACCAAACUGAAAAGGACUAUUUCUGAUAAGGAAUCUGAGGCUUUGGAUAGUCAAGAAAAGUUAAAGAAAACCAUUGAUGAGUUGCAGCACAAGGUGGUCCAGCUAACUGAAGAGCAAAACCUGGUAAAUCCUGAAAGGAAUAUAGUCCUAACAGCAGUGUCUGGAAAUGCCGAAACUGAGAGUAAUGAUGAGCUGUUUCAGAAGCAAAAGGAACAGAUUUCCUCCCUAAUUCAGGAGAAGCAUGAGCUCCAGCAGCUUCUAGAGAGUGUCACAUUUGAGAAUGAUCAGCUCAAGUGCGACUUGAAAGAAAAUAUUGAAAUGACAAUUGAAAAUCAGGAGGAAUUGAGAAAUAUUGGAGAUGCCCUAAGAGAACAGCAAGAGCUAGUCACCAAAGAGAGACAUGAAACUGCAGAGAAAGAAGCAGAACUUUUGAGGACCCAUAAGAAGUUAACAGAGACUGAAGAAAAACUUCAUGAAAAGAUUAAAGAGCUUGAAGAAAAACAGAAAGAAUUUAUCAGUAUGAAGGACCAGAUCAAUGAAGCUCAGCCGAAACUGGAUGAAUUGGUACAACUGAAGGAGCAAUUAAGGGCCCGAGAUUUGACCCUGGAAGCUGUAAAAAUGGAAAAAUUGGAGAUUACUGAAAAACUUCAGGAGAGUUUGGAAGAAAUGGCAGUUGUAACCAAGGAAAGAAAUGAGUUGAAGAUGUCACUGAAGACUUUCCAAAUGGAGCAUAGCCCAAUUAAAGAGUCUGGGACUUUGAGUCUUAAACAAGAACUGGAAAAUGCUAGUUUGUUUCUGAUGACACCUCAAGACCCUGACUUAGAGGAAAAUCAUUUGAAAAUGGAAUCUCCGAGUAUUCAAAAGAAUGUAGAAAUGAUCAGUGAACUGCAAAGAAAGGUCCUACAGUUAACUGAAGAACUUAAUCAAGUUACUUUUGAGGGAGAUCAAAUAAUCCGUGAACGAACACAGGUUAUUAAAAAUGAUCAGAUUCAGCAGUCACUGGAUCAGAUUGCUUCUCUUGUUCAACAGAAAGCUCUGUUUGAGCAAGAACUAGAAAAUAUGAAGAUGGAAGACAAAUCAAAAAGGCAGGAACAACUCAGGAGGGAAGAGGCCACUGAGAACCAGUAUGGAAUGAGUGAAAUGGAGCAACUGAAGGAGCAAUUAAAGAGGAAGGAGUCAGCUUUGGGCAUGAUGGAGAUGGAAAAGCUGGAGAUAACACAGAGACUUCAGGCAUGUCUUGAAGAAAUAAAAUCUCUAACAAAGGAAAGAGAUAAACUGAAAAGGAUACAAGAGGAUCUCCAAGUGGAAAGAGGCCAACUCACAGAAAACCUGGGAGAAAUUACCUCAGAUCUGGAGAAACAAUUGAAAAGCGCUCAUGAAGCUCUGAAAGGAAACCAAGGGAUUAUUGAUAAAAUGAAGGAAACAAUUUUUGAAAAGGAAUCUCAGUUAUCAAAUAUUCAAGUGACUUUAGAGAAAACCAGUGAUGCAUUGCAGCAAAAGAUCCAAGAGCUCCAAGAAAAUGAAAAGCAACUUCUCAGCAUGGGGGAAGAGGCCAUUAAGACUCAGAAAAAGCUGAGUGAAAUAGAGGAUUUGAAGGAGAAAUUGAAAAACAAGGAUUUCACACUACAGAGCAUAGAAGUGGAGAAGCUUGAGAUGGCUCAGAAGCUUCAGGCAAGCCUUGAAGAUUUUGUAUCUGUAACUGAGGAACGAGAUCAACUGAGGAGGAACCAGGAGGUUCUCCAAGCAGAGACUGAUGUGCUUAAAGAAAACAGAAGAAAGAUCCUUGCCGGAAGCUUGGAAAUGCAAGAGGAACUGGAAAAUGUUCAUGUGCUCAUGAAAGAAAAUCAAGGUAUGAUUGACAAAUUGAGAAGGGAUAUUGCAGAGAAGGAAUCUCAGAUCUUAAAUACUCAGGAGGAACUAAAGAAAUCCAAUGAUGUUUGGCAGCAAAAGGUCUUAGAGCUCCAAGGAAAGGAGCAACUACUGAGUGAAGUUGAGCAAUUGAAGGAGCAACUGAAGGUCCAGGACCUCACUCUAAAACAUGUAGAAAUGGAGAAGUUAGAGUUUGCUCAGAAAUUUCAGGCAAGUCUUGAAGAAAUACUAUCUGUUACUAAGGAAAGAGAUCACCUGAAGUGGACACAUGAGACACUUCAAACGGAGAUAGACCAUCUGAAAGAACGUAUAAAAGAGACUGACGCCAGGAACUGGGAAACCCAAGAAGCACUGAAAAGCACUCAAGUGUGCCUGAAAGAGCACCAAAAGACUAUUAAUCUACUGGAAGAGAAUAUUUCAGAACGGGAUUUCCAGAUCUCAAAUAUCCAGGAGGAUCUAAAUAGAAAGAGGGAUGCAUUGGAGCAAAAGUAUGCAAAGGUUCAGUCAGAAAUGGAUCAUCUCCGGGCUGAGCUGAAUUGUCAGAAGGAACUCGUUGAUUACCAGAAGAAUUUAGUGUUGGAGAGAGAAAGAGAGCUGCUAAAAAAGGAGGAAAGGCUAUCAGAAGAGACCAUCCUGCUAAAAGAAAAGAUAGAUGAUCUAACCAAUGAGCUAAAUGUCAUAAAUGCAGAAAAACAACGGGUAGCAGCCAAGUUGGAGGUAGAGAAUGAGCAAGUGGAACAGCUGAAGAAACAAAUUGCUUCCAUCCAACAAGAGAGAGACCACCUUCAGAACCUGCUGGAGGCUGCUUCUGCAGAGAAGAGCCAACUCCAAGCCCGCCUGCAGAAAAGCACUGAGUGGGAUGAAAAUUCAAAGCAAACUGAAGAGAAAGUUAAGAUAAAAUCUGAACCAAACACAAUAGAUGAGCCUGAACAGCACUCCAAUAAAAACCUUAGAGAAAAAUGCUUGAAAAUAAAAGAGCUUCUGAAGCGAUUCCCAGAGUUGAAAAAUGACUGUGAUUGGCUGAUGGAAAUUUCUCUUGCUCUCAAGAAAGAAUCUGUUGCUCAGACUACAAGCCUGAACCAAGUGUUGGCAGAGCUCUCACUGGAAGAAUCCAAACAGUUGGAAAAACUGCAGGCUCAGAACUGCAUGCUUACUGAAGAGUUCCAGAUUUAUGUGCUCAAGAAGCUUAAGUAUGUGUUAGGUACGGUGGCCCAAAAAAAGGAAGAACACCAUAAGUCCAUUAAUGAUUUUACAAUGGGUUUGAUUGAGGAAAGGGAGAAACAAAAUAAAUUACUUAUUCAAAUGCAGAAUGUCCAAAAGAACUUUGAAACAGGAAUCCAAGAAUUAAACAACCACACAUUGAGUCAAAGAAUCGACCUGCACAAUGAGCAAAUUUUGCAAGACCUCUCAGAAAUGGAAAAUGACCUCCCCCAAAUGAAGGCCGAACUUCAACAGGUAGUGAGUGACAGAAAGGAAAUGUGUCAGUUUUUGGAAAACUGUGCUAAGACUGAGUUUGACAUAGAAAGUCUCUUAGAAAACAUGAAGCAGAAAAACGACAGACUUGCUCAAGUGAUUGUUGACUAUAAUGGAAAAAUUAAGGCACGCAUGAGAGCAUUUUCAGAAUUUGCUAAGAGAAGCAGUAGUGUCUGUGGAGAAUUGGAACGUGAGCUGGAAAUCCUGAAAGAGAAGAAUGAGGAGGUCUUUAAGGAGCUAAAGAACUUUAAGACACACUUAGCCCCUGGAAGUAAUCUGGCUACCAUAUUUAAAAGAAACCACAGAGAGAGUAAUGUCUUGAGAGUCAACGAUCCAUCCCUAGAGAAAAUUCAAGAGAUGGAAGUGGGAUUAUGUCAAGCCAAGGGAAAUGCUAAACAUAAAGAUGCAGAAGUCAUCCUGUUGCACCAAGAGCUUGAAACAGCAAAGCAGACACUCUCUGAAUUUCAAGCCAAAGCUCAAGAGCAGGCUAAGAGCUUGAACAGUGCCCAUGCCGAGCUGGAGAUCCUCCAGGCAAAAGUGGCUAGGGGUGCUGAGCCAUACAAAGAAGAACUCGGGGACCUCAAAACAAAGUUGGUGAAAGUGGAUAUGGAGAUGAUGAAACAAUCAAAGCAUUUUGAAAAAAGGCUUGACAACACUAAAGCCAUAAUUAAACAUCAAGAAGAGGUUAUACGGAAAUUAAGGGAAGAUCUUCGAAGAGCUCACCAAGAUCAUGACACCCAAAUCACAUCCAAGCAGAGCCUUCCUCCGCCUUGUCAGGUCCCAAUCACCUGCGGGGGUGGAAGCGGCAUCGUGCAGAGCACCAAAGCUCUCAUUUUAAAAUCAGAACACAUCCGGAUGGUCAGAGAACUUUCACAACUAACGCAGCAAAACGAGCAACUCAUCAAGGAGCAAGAGAAGCUGAAGAGUCACAAUCUUCAUCUGACAAAAGAAGUUAGAAAAUGGAAGGAUAGAGUUCUUAAAGUGAAAGAAGCCUGCCAAGAAGUCAUUCCGGAGGAACCUCCAAAGUCUCCCAAAGUGACUGAAAUCCCCUCCCUAAAGAGACCAUCUGUUUCUUCUCCAUUCAAAGAACUUAUUUCAGAAGAGCCUACCGUGAGAGACUCACCAAAAUCACACAUUUUGGACAUCCAAUCAAAUUCCUUUUUAGGACCUCGUCCAACUAACUACUUUGAUAAUUCCAGUUUAGGCUUGCUUCCAGAUAUACGGUCUCCAAAAACAGAACAGUCAGGUGACUUGCUCCAUCAGGAGCACACUUUUCCGACAAAGGAUGCCACAGAAUGUAGAACCCAGUGAACGCGCUUGUUUAACUUGGGCUCCACCUUGACCUUUCCAGACACCGCGUUAAUGCCAAAGCACCAUAUGUUGGAAGAAGGUGGUCGUCCACCUCGAGCCUCCUUGCCAUUUGGGAGCAUUCUUUUGCUGGUGUUCUCCCAGUAUAUAAAAUUCAGUGUUUCCCCUGCUGUUUUCUGAGCACCUGGUCAUCUUAAGACCUCCUUAAUAUUGUCUAAAUGAAUGUUUUUACCUAAUUUGUCAUUUCAAUUAUUUGUUUGCAAGAAGUACAGUAAAUAUCUUGCUAUUGCUUUAUUGCCUUACUUCAUUGAAAAUUUGUAUUGAGGUUCAUUUGUUAUCUAACCUUGUGGAGUGACCUCAUCUCCAAUAGUGCAUUUGUCAUCACUGCCUCCUGCCCUGUCCCGGUGAACCCUUUUUCUUGGAGUUUGGCUUUAAAAGACCAAGGCCUGGGAUUAAAGAAGCAACGUGGAAAGAGUGAAAA